AUGAGCCAUGGCGAAGGAGAGCGAGCCCUUGCGGUGGUAGCCACCGCCACGGAGACGGAAUCGCAGCAGGUCCUCAGCUUUAGCAUGUCCACGGCGCUGCUGACCUGCCAUACCUGCCGCCUCCCCCUCAAAUCCCCCGUCUUCAAGUGUGACGCCGUCCAUCUCCUGUGCUCGUCCUGCCGCGAACUCCAUGGAGAAGAACCCUGCGGCCUCACGGUUGUCCACUUCGCCUUUCUUGACGCCUUUGUGGCCUCCGUCAUUGUGCGGUGUGACUUCGAGAAGUACGGCUGCGACGCCGGCGGCAUCGUGUACCAUGAGUCAGCCGAACACAGGCGCGCGUGCCCGCACGCGCCUUGCGGAUGCCCGGCCAGGGCUUCGGACGGCGGGGGUUGCGGCUUCAUCGGCUCCAAGCAGAAGCUGCUCGACCACAUCACUGGCUCCGAUGGCCACUCGCGCCCCACCAUCUGCAUCCCCUACGGCCAGCCUCGGACCCUGAACCUGCCGGUCUCGUGCGGCUGGCACGUCCUGGUCGGCGAGGUCGACAAAGCUGCUGCGGGCGUUAACCGGCACCGCAACCUGUUCCUGAUGUCAUUGGGCCAGCAUGGCCCAAACAUAUCCGUGUCUCUGCUAUGCGUUAGAGCGAAUGGUGGCGACCCGGCGCCGCAGUUCGCGUGCGAGCUCUCUGUAGAGCGUUCUGGCCGCGGCACAACGCAUAUGGUCAUGAUGAAGUCGGCCCUGAUGAGCAGCAGCUCCCUGUCUGGUGGCGCCCCUGCGCCCGGCGACAGAGAGUACGAGUGGUUGCGUGUGCCGAAAGAAGAGUACUUGUCGGGUGACACUGUCCCCCUAUGCAUCUACAUCGAGAAGCUUUCUCCCGUGGCCUCCACCCCUACACCUCUUCUCGCCAUUGCUGCCCCUCCUCCUUGUUCGACCAAGGACACCAACAAGCCAGCAACAACAUAUCAGAGCAAUGGCAAGAAACGGAAAUCUGCAAGCAAUCUGCAGUGA